ACACCCAGAACAGAAGCCUUUUUCGCAAUCUUGGAUUGCAAACAAGGCUCUUGUUCUGGGUGCCGAAACGUCUUGGUACAUUUUUAUUCUCUUCUGGUUGACAUCUUCGUCUUCUUACUCAAUGAUUCUUCCCGACCAGCCGAGUGUCCGUCGAAGCCUUGAUUUCAUCUCCUAUAGGUUGCACACAUGUUAAUUAGGCUGUCUUUUUAUGUUGACUUAUGUCACAUCAUGCAAUGUUCCCUCUUUUUUUCCUCCAUGCAGGAAUGGGACUUUUAUAUGUGUGCUUGGCUGCACAACACUUCUGUAGCACCAGGCACUGACUGUCAUGAGCAAACAAUGAAAUAUGACAAUGUGACGACCCUGAUGAAAGAUGAGAUUGCCAUAUUCAAAACGCUUGGCAUACUGCUCCAUUUGUCUCGAAUUAGCAGCCUCCUUCUGUUUGUUUUUUCAAAUCUUUAAGGAUUGAGCGUGGAGCCAUCUAAAAAAGACAAGCCAGGUUUUCGUGGCAUCAACGUUCGUUCUCGGCCCGUCUACCUUACUUCGGCCGACCUGGACGAACUGGACAUGCUGUCUUCUGUGCCGGUUGUCAGCGCUGGCGAUUCCAGGCUUUCGGAGACAGGUAUCCCUCUGGCUUCAACAGAGGGGUCUGAGCUGUCUCUGGGGCCCGGAACAGGAUCCCCGGCUGAAGCUCUGCGGCACAAGUGUCGCUUCUGUCCAUACGCAUCGCGGCACCGAGGCAGCCUGGUGCUGCACGAGCGAGUGCACACGGGCGAGCGGCCCUUUCGGUGUCACCUCUGCAGCCGCGGGUUCGCGCACCGCUCGCACGUGGUGCGCCACAUUCGCACACACACUGGAGAGCGACCCUUCCGAUGCCCGCUAUGCCCGGCUGCAUUCUCGCAACGCAGCAACGUUAAGGUUCACUUGCGCUCGCACGGCUUGCACGUCACCAGCAACUGAUCAGCCGACGCCAACGGUACUGAGCGACAGGCAACCACACUCCACCUUUGACCAAUUGAAGAAUACACACCACAGUGUCUGUACGGGCACGCAGGUUUAUUUUUUUGGGACAUCUCGGUUAUUGCUUGUGUACAGUGCUUAUGAGUGAAAUGCAACUUUAAAACAUUUAGUAUAACAAAUAGUAGCCGUAAUUUCUCAAGAAGGCAGUGUCAUGAUGCUACAAAUUUUGGCCGCUAGAGGUAAUGUUGACUCUCAUGUAAGUGCUAGAGUUGGAAUCACGCCAAUAUGACGCAAAAUUAAGACUUGGAAUGUAAGUAGGUGCAUUACAUUGCCUUAAAUAUUGACUUUCACUUUGUCAGUGCUGCAAGUGCGUUGAAUUCUUCAGGAAGCUUAAUAAAGGAUGAAAUUAUCUGACAGCA